ACUCGUCCGGUCGUCCCGUACCAAAGCCAUCAGAGUGCACGUACACCCCACGUAUUGACCAACUGAACUUGCUUAAAAGUUGCAGUUACACUUACUGGCCGCCUAUCUUCCUCUUCUGGGAAAGAAAAACCAAUGGCAACGCCAAAACCCUCUCUGAAACUUUUCUUACUGUUUACCGCCAUCAACUUACUCAUCCGCCGCGUCUUCGCCGCAUACUCAAUCGGCGUGAAUUACGGAACCAUAGCUGACAACCUUCCCACACCCUCUAAAGUCGCCAACUUUCUCAAAACACAAACGACCAUCGACCGCAUCAAGAUCUUCGACACCAAUCCCGACAUCAUCCGUGCUUUCGCCGAUACAGGAAUCUCCGUCACGGUCACAGUCGGCAACGUAGACAUUUCCGCCCUCUCCAAGCUUCCCGCAGCUCAGUCUUGGAUCUCCAAUAAUAUCUUAGCGUUUUACCCACUCACCACGAUUAGAUACAUUGCAGUUGGUAACGAAAUUCUCGCUACUUCUGACAAGUCACUCAUUGCUCAUACCUUGCCCGCUAUGAAGGCUUUAACUUCUGCUCUUGAACUCGCUAAUGUAACUGACAUCAAGGUCUCUACUCCACAUUCGUUAGGGAUUUUAUCCACUUCGGAUCCACCGAGUUCGGGGCGGUUCCGUAGCGGGUACGACAGGGUCCUGUUUGCUCCGAUUCUCGAGUUCCAUCGCCAGACAAAGUCGCCUUUCAUGAUUAAUCCCUACCCGUACUUCGGCUUCUCCGCGGCGACUCUUAAUUACGCUUUGUUUAAGUCAAACGACGGCCUUUUUGAUGCUGGGACAGGGAAGAAUUAUACCAACAUGUUUGAUGCGCAGCUCGACGCGGUUUACUCCGCCAUGGAUAAGUUAGGUUACGGUGACGUGGACAUUGUGGUGGCGGAGACUGGUUGGCCCUCAGCCGGUGACCCGAACCAACCUGAUGUGAACUUGGAGAAUGCGGUUUCGUAUAACGGGAAUCUCGCAAAGCACGUGAAUUCCGGUCUAGGAACUCCGUUGAUGCCUAACAGGACCUUCGAGACUUACAUUUUUGCUUUGUUUAACGAAAAUCUUAAGCCGUCUGUCGCAGAGCAAAGUUUCGGGUUGUUCAAACCCGAUCUCUCUCCGGUCUACGACGUGGACAUACUACGGAAUCAUCAGCAGGCUUUGGGUCCCGCAGCUGGGCCUACGGAGGGACCGUCAUCAGAUUUGGGCAAGAUAUGGUGCGAACCGAAGUCGGACGCCAGUGAUGAAGCCUUACAGAAGAACAUAGAUUACGUGUGCAGCAUUGGAGUGGACAGCCAGCCCAUUCAAGAUGGUGGGCCUUGUUUUAAUCCCAACACUGUGCGGUCACAUGCAUCGUACGCUAUGAACGCUUACUACCAAUCCUUUGGUCGCUCUGACUUGGGCUGUGAUUUUAAUCACACUGGAGUCAUCACCACCACUGAUCCAAGUUAUCAAUCUUGUGAUUAUCCUGAUGAAGGGCUUAAGUUGCAAAACUCAGUGGCGGGAAUGUCAACAGAAUCUUGCACUGUCCAAAUGAUAUUUAUUUUGUCGUUUUGUUUAGCAUCACUCUUAACUGGUUAACUUACUUAUUAUAAUGGGCCAGAAAGAGAAAGCGAGAUAUGUUAAUGGACUGCUGUUUUUCCAGGCCCGAUUCACUAACAAUAUUCCAUGGGUUGGGCUCAACAUAUUAAGUAAGCCCAUUUGGAUGGUCCAACAUGUAUAACACAUUUUAUUAUUUUAGCUUUGGAAGAAAGGCAGGGCUCCAACAGUUUCUUGA